AUGGCUCUGCGCGGCUGCGGGGCCGCCGCCCCAGGCCGCUUUGCCGCGUGCGCGCCGCCGGCCUGGCGCCGUUGGGGCCUGCGCUCGGGCUCCGGGGCGCCGCCCGAGGAGGAGAAGGAGGCGGCGGCGGCGGCGGCGGCGAACGUGGUGCGGAUACCCCACGCGUGGCGGCUGUGGCUGGAACGGGCCGCCUCGCGAAGGGACACGCGUGCGGCGUCCCUCCCCCGCCCAGGGAAGCUGCUGCUGCGGAGCCGGCGGGAGGAGCUCAGUCAAGCUGCUCGGGACACGGUGGGGCGCUGGGAGAAGCCGCGCUUGGUCUCGGGCGGCUGGAAGCACCGCUUGUCCCGAGGGGAUUAUUUCCAGUUGGAGCGGACGCGGCAGGAGCCUCCUCAAGACCGGGAGGCGGACGCUGACUCUUCCCUCGCCUCCUUCACAGACCUAGGAAUCGAACCCCGGCUGGUCUCUGUCUUGCAGGACGUUCUGGGCAUCUCGCAGCCUUCUGCUGUGCAAAAGCGCACCAUCCCGACCCUGCUGAGGGGGUCCAGCGCACUCUGCGCUGCAGAAACAGGCAGUGGCAAGACCUUGGCCUAUCUGCUCCCUCUUGUACAGCGGCUCUUGCAACCCCAGUGCUUGCCUAGUCAGCAAAUUGCCUCCCCCCGCUCCUUGGUGGUACUACCUUCCCGAGAACUUGCAGGACAGGUGCGGAGUGUCGCCUCUUACCUGUGCACUCCAUUGGGCUUGCAGGUGAGGCAGGUUGGGGGUGGUCGGGGCAUAGGCAACAUCCGGCAGAAGAUUCUUGAAGGCCCCGCUGAUCUCUUGGUGGCCACACCAGGUGCACUUUGUAAGGCCUUUAGGCGUCAUCUGUUGACCUUGGAAAGGCUGUGUUGCCUGGUGUUGGAUGAAGUGGACACCUUACUGGAUCCCACCUUUGUAGACCUCAUAGAAGACUUGCUUCAGCAGGCUCCUCUUGUCUCCAGGCUCAGUGAAGCUGCUGACAUUUGGGAUUCCAAAGCCCAGCUAGUAGCCAUGGGAGCCACCAUCCCGAAGGGGCUGGGCACACUCUUGAGUAAGGUAGCUGACCUGGACGGCGUCAAAAUACUGACCAGCCAUAGCUUGCAUCGUAUUCAGCCUCAUGUGGAACAAAAAUUUAUACGCCUGAAGGGCAGCGACAAGGUGGUGGAGAUGCUGCAGUUGAUUAAAGAUCGAGCGCCUUCAUCUGGAGCCAUUCUGGUUUUCUGCAACAAUGCCAGCACAGUGAACUGGCUUGGCUACAUAUUGGAUGACCAUAAGAUUAAGCACCUGCGCCUGCAGGGACAGAUGCAAGCAGCAGUGCGCGAGAGAAUCUUUGACGACUUCCAGAAAGGCAGGUUUGACAUCUUGCUAUGCACUGAUAUAGCUUCCCGAGGACUGGAUACCACCCACGUGGAGCUGGUGAUCAACUAUGACUUUCCACCAACUUUGCAUGAUUACCUCCAUCGAGUGGGGCGAGUUGGCCGCAUUGGCAGUAGGUUCCCUGGGACUGCGGUCAGCUUUGUCACCCACAGGUGGGAUGUGGACCUUGUCCGGAAAAUAGAAACAGCUGCUCGCAAAAGGGCUCCACUGCCAGGGCUGGAACCCAUUGUGAAGGCAGGGGAAGGUGUUUCCAAAAAAGGCAGGGGGAGGCGUUUCCAAAGACACUGAGUUGGAAUAAUACUUGACCAUGUUUCUGAAAAAAGCAUUGUUUAAACUGUUGUAUGCUUGAUUUGAGCAUCAAAGGAAAAUGGCAGUGCAGACAAGCCCAGCCAAAGAAUUUUACAAUAAAUUAAGCCUCAAACCUGAAAGGCA